AGUUUGGUUGGCCUCGCUACUUAUAAACACCGCCGGGAGUUUCCGUUUAAGCACAUUCGGCCGUCAAGAGUUGAACAAUGGUUAACAUGAGCGAUCAACCAUUUUCAUUAAAGUAUCUACAUACGAUCCAGCGACAGUCGAGGCGUCGAACAAAUAAAAGGAAAAGGAUUUGUAAGGGCAAAAUAUCAACAGAUCUGCAGACUUGAUUAAGGGAGUCCUAAAGGUCCCGAGUGAAGCGUGUGGCCGAGUGUAUAGUGCGUUGCGAGUUAACUGGCGAGAUGACUGCCGAGUGGCUUCACCUGCCCCCGCCGUACCCCCCCGGCGUGGGGCCGCUGUGUGGCGCAGAGUUGGAGGCGUGGUAUGAGGACCUGCAGGAUAUCCUGGGCUCGGACGCGGGAGGGGCAAAGAUGGCACGCGCCCCUUCGUGCGGAGAGAAAGAGCCCGAGUUCCUGGAUGUUCUGGAGAGUUGCUCCCUGACGUGGCUGACGGAAGGCGGUCAGACGUGGGGUGAGGGUGUUCAGAGGGCGACGGAGCAGGUCCAUAACAUUCAGCCUCUGCAUCACACCUCCUCCUGUCUGACUCCAUCAGAAGAACGGAAAACGGAGACGAGCGCGAGGAGCGGUGACGGUGACCUGCUGCCCCCUGAGUUCUUUGAGUUCCUGAGUGAAGGAGGAAUGGUGGAUUCAAGCAGUGGUUAUUAUUAUCAUCAUCAUCACCACAACCAGCAGCAACAGGUUGACAACGUCCAUCCCGCAUCUCCAUCAGCCAGUGAAGAAGAGUUACCCUGCGUCCCCGAUUCGCCGUCCUGCUCCUCAUCCUCUGCCUCGCAGUCUCCUCCUUCCCAACGCUGCUUGUCCCCAUCAUCGCCAGUGUCAUCCCCGUCCGUCUACUCGCCCUCGCGCCCGAGUAAGCGUCGGAGGAGCCAGGGCCCCGACGGCGCUUCGUCGUCCCCGGGCGUCCCCUCCCAGUCGCAGCAGCGCGCAUCCUCCUCAUACUUGUCUGCCAAAAAGAGUCGCAAGGAGCGAGAGCAGGAGAACGAAAAGAAAGUGCAGGAGCUGACGGAGCAGAACGAGCGCUUGAAAGCGGAAAUCGAAAGGUUGGGAGAGGAGGUGCAGCGGACAAGGCGCGCACUCAUCGAGAGACUUGUCAACACCAGGAAGUGAGCUCGUAGAGAAGCAGUGGUGAGAAAAUGGUUGCUGUGUGUUUGUAUGUGAAAGUGCACUCGCUGCUUAGACUGUAAGAUGGGAAAACCAAAGAUUUUAAGAUGUUUAGAAAAAGAUGAUGAAGGUUGAAGAAGAGUAAAAGCAGCAAUAUCACUGCGGCAAACAUGGAAGUCACAGCAUGUGAAAAUGGAAAAGCUUUUUAGAGCCAGUUGCAAGGUUAGUAACAAUAAGUUACACCACCAUUAAGAAGGCUUUGGUGAUUUGUAUGUUGGAAAGAAAGGAACAUAAUUGAGGGCCUUUCGUAGCUGCCAUUUUGUGAUAAAUUGUAACUCCUCAUUAAAGGGCUGCAAUAUGGCUAGCAGAGAUUAUUUGCCCCAAUUGUGUAGAGAGGAGCUCAGGAAUGUUUUGAAAAAGCCCCUUGUUUGUUGAGGGAAUGUCUGUAUGCUUAUUUAAAUACAACAGGUUGCACCCAGCUAAAUUUUCUACAGGUUUUUAUUCAAAUCGGCAACUGGUGGUAUGAAAUACCCACAAGUUAUUUUUCUAUAACUGUAAUAAUUACUGUACAACAAGUUUGUACUGUUCAUUUCUACUUUCUUAUUCUAGUUACAUUUUUAAUCAUACAUGGAUAUGCAUGUUUUUUUAAUUAAAUGAUAAUGUCAUUUGUUAACAUUUAUAUCUGUCACUGUAAUCCCAAAUUUGUAAUAAAAAGAAGGAUUUUUGUUGCUUCUUAAUGCAAGAUUUGUAUUUAUUACAAGGUGAAAACAUGAUUGACAAGGAGGUACAUGGCAUCACAGUAUAUAGGGACCAAUUUUAGCUUUUCACAAGAUAAAUUGGUAGCCAAGUAAUUUUAAUGUGCUAUAAAAAUCUUUUCAAUUGCACACCUUGUGGGGCUGAUGUGAUAUGUUGAGUAUAUAACAGGAAGAGUAUCAAAUCAGUUUCUCUUGGUGUAGGGAUUUUUCCCAAAUCCCUCCAUUCUGUAGCAGAAUUCAUUUGGCUCCCUUUGUGUGUUUUCAUUUCCCCGCCGGCCUCGCUAGCAUUCAUUAGCCCUCGGUGCCAACGCCGUGUUGUCUCAGAUCCCGUCACGGCUUUGCCUUUGGCUAACAUCCUCAUCUCGCCAUGUACAUCAUGUUCCCCUUUUUCUGCUAUUACUUUCUCACUCUUAUUCCCACCACCUCCACCGUUUGAUUUUUGUGCCAUAUCUCACUUCUUCUUGCCCUUGAUAGGUGCGGGUUCAGGGCUCUUGCCUUCUGCCAGUGCCAACUGCUUUUUCAGCUCCAACAAUUUAGACACCUCGGCUGUUAUUACCGCCUUGUCGGCCUUCUGCGCUUUCAGGGCUCGCACUUUUUCUCCCUGUAAGAGAUGACAAAU